UACCUUGUUAACUGUGGCUUUUAUAUUUUGCCUGACAGUGACAGUCUUAUCUGAGCGUUACGUUAGCUUAAUUUCACUGGUGAUUUGAACAUCAUUCAAUUCAUUUUUCAUCUCAAAACAAUCUGUGGAAGAUGGCAAGUGGACAUGAUGAAGAACUGGGCCCAGCAGUGUUUGAUGCAGCUUCCACAGGGGACGUUCAGCGACUUCGGUCUCUGAUGCAUUUCAAGAGGGCCAGCAGGGUGAGAGGUGCCCUGUUAUGGAGGGAUCCAUUUGACCGCACUCCCCUCAUGGCAGCCGCAGCCGCCGGCCAUACAGACAUGGUGAGAGUUCUAGUAGAAGAAUACGGCACUGACAUUGAGGAAUCAAAGUUCAAUGACUACACCAAUGAGGAGCUCACUCCUUUAGUUUAUGCUGCCAACGUUGGGCAUCACAAGACAGUUGAAGUUCUCUUGAAGAACCGUGCAAGGGUGAAUCAUGCUUUCCCUUUGCACAGAGCAUGCUUUGCGAGUUCCACUGGAAACGUUGAGUGUGUCAAGCUCCUCAUAGCACAUGGGGCAGACGUGAACAGGAAGUACAUCUGCAGUCAGGAAGACGGAGAAAUGACGGAUGAGAGCACACCUCUUGCUGUUGCGAGUGAACAAAUGUGCACCAACAUCGUGGAGUAUCUCUUGCAGAAGGGAGCCGAUCCGAACAUCCCGGACAAACAUGGGAAUCUGCCGAUGCAUUCAGCGUUCAGUGCCAUGUGGAAUCAGCAUUCAGAGAUGAGAUGCAGAGGAGGUUGUGUUAAAGAUGGUGAAAGGAUCAUCAGGAUGCUUGUGGAGCAUGGGGCAAGCCAGGUACAGAAUGCAAUGGGCUUGACACCCAUCAUGAUAGGAGCAUUGACUGGAAAUCUCUUAGGGGUCUAUAACAGUACAGGAAUCAUGAAAAAUCUGUCACAUGAAAAAACAGUAGAAGCCCUUGAGCUGAUGGCAUCGCACUUUUUCCUUAAAGAGAGACACCAGAUAGGGCUGGAUACUCUGGCCAAGGCACUCACCUCACCACACGAGAAACCCAAGGGUGUAACUGAUGAAAGAUCCCCAUACGGUGACUUCUGUGAGCCAGUAAACCAGGAGGAACUAGACGGGAUUCGAUCCAAUGAAACCUACCUCCAGGUGAUCUCACUCAUUAUCCGGGAACGAAUUCUGUCCAAGGAAGGUCAGAAGAACUACCUUUGGCAGGCCAUUAGAGACUUUGUAGACCGAUGUAGACCUACCCCGGAAGGUAAAAGCUUGGCACUUCGGGCACUACGACACGAAACAAAUCUAGAAAUGGAGUCCGGGUUCUUCUGCGGCUUUGCUGUCGAAAGUAUGAACAGAUUGCUGGAUCCUAAUCAAGUUUGCCUUGCAGACAGUAACCUAGAGGAGAUUGUGGUCCUUCUAAAAUUAGCAGCAAUAAAUUUGUCCCCUGAUGUCAGUGAGAUGACGCCUGAAAGACGAAAGGAAGCUGUCCAGUACCACAGGUACAAGUCAACAAAUAUCCUUGUUUUGCUCGCUAUCUAUGCAAACCACCCGCAGCUGAAUGAUGAAGACAAGGAACUUCUCCUCACAUUGGUGCACCAGUUUGUCAUGGCAUAUCAGAUGACGAUAGAUGUCAUGCGGCAUCUUCAUGAAGCAGAGAGAGCCUCUGCUGAGGAGGGUCCAGAGGGUGCAUCGGUAGUACGACAUCCCAAACGGAAUGCAGGAUUACCUGUCAUUCAUAUGUACUACCCUGUAGUGGCCCGCCGCAGGCCAGUAGACGAAAAAAACAUCAAGGAGCGCCUGGUGACCAUGCUGCUUAAGUGCGGUGCAGACCCAUGUCAGGUGAACAUGGAAGGCUACAAUGCUCUCCACUUUCUGGUAAAGAAGUGUCCAGCUUCUAAGCAGACGGAUACAUUCCGGAACAACAUUGUGGUUCCUUUAGCCGAAUGGGGUUGCCCUAUCCUCAAGAGGAAUCCUGAAACGGGUAGCAGUGUUAUCGAGGACUGUAGCAAUCCAGACACCAAGCAACUCUUGAAAGACUUAGCGUUGCCACCCCUCUUGAAUCUCUGCGGCCGAGUGAUCCGCAAGAAUAAGAUUCCGUACCGAAGGAGCGUCCCCGUUACCGUUGCAGCUGCCCUUGACAUGGACGUGUGAUUGGUCAAGGUAACCAAACAAAGCAAUAAAGAUUGAUAGUGCCACUUUAUGGACUUUUUGAACAUCAAAGUAUUCCUAUCCAUAUACAUUUUCUAUAAUUCCUACCAGAUAUUAAUUAGAAGAGUAGAGUUUGUUUAUACAGUGCCACUCCCAGGCCUUCUUGAACUAUGAAGUUAUGAAAAAUGUUAUGACAAGUUAUGACUUUAUUUAAAUGUAUCGAACAUUUGUUGACUUUACUCAUAUUCAAAUAUUCAAAAUUUUGACCCGGUAGUGACCUUGCCUUCAUUAGUCUCUCUCGGCCUCAUGCUUUAGUUUGCUACUUGAUGUUAAAAGUGAGAGUCCAGAAAAAUGGGAUGAAUAGGAACCCAAGGAGAAGAAAAAAAUAUGACUUUCUUUUUCUCCAGGAGUGAAGCAUACAUGUACGUUCAUUUUUGUAUAUAUAUUUUUUUAUUGCAACCAAAAUACUGUACAUGUAACAGAAUACCCAAAAAAAUAUUGAACAAGACGAUAAACAAUGAACAAUCAAAAUCGAGGCUGGAUUUAGCAAUCCAAAACAACUGAAAUGUGCAUGUUAAAUAAUUUCAACCUCCAUUUGCUAUCAUGGUAAAUCACUUGAAUGUAUAAUGACCAAAA